CUGUGAUAUGCGCGUCCCUGCUACAACAUAGAGCCUUCCUCUCCUUCUUCUCGCUUCUCCAAUUCGUAGCCUCUCUCAUACCCAUCACCAGCUUUAAGACGAUCCUGAAAGCAGCACUCACCACCAUGACGUCAAUAACCUCGCAAUCGCACCCCUUGCUGCAGGCUUCUUCAGCUGCGUACGCCAUUCUGGCGAUUGGGCAUACAUUGAAAGGUUUGGACCAGUUCAAACACCCGACGAUGAACACGUUGCCGCUCAUGCUGCGCGGGGCUAGUAAGAUCGGUUGGUACGAGGGUAGCGGGUUCUUUGUUAUUAUGAGUAUCCUCAACUACAAGUGGUCGGUCACGGGCAUCUACGAUGUGUACGACAAGAGCAUCGCGGGUGUCUUGACGACCCUGCUGGCGGCAGCGGGUGCGGCCUACUGGAAGAGCAACGAUAGGCCUACGGCUAUUACUCUGGGUGUUGUUGCCAUCUUACAGGGACUGGGCGUGAGGAAUGCGUCAUACUCGCGUUUGACUUAGAUGUCAUGAUAUAUGCACGAUAAGUUCAAGAUAUAUAGGAAAGACACAUUUUGAUUACUGUUAUUUCAGGC